AUGGAAACUGGAGCAGAAAAAUCAAGUCUGGAGUCACCUCUGAUUCUGAACCAAGAAAGCAGCCAUGAAGUUGAUGGGGAUGUAUCUCAACAAGGUUGUUUUUGCAGAGACGAUUUUAUUGGAGAAGCAAAGAAGCAACUAUGGCUUGCAGGGCCUCUUAUAGCAGUUAGUUUGUUGCAGUAUUGCUUACAAGUGAUAUCGAUUAUGUUUGUUGGCCAUCUCGGCGAGCUUGCUCUUUCUAGUGCUUCCAUGGCUUCUUCCUUCGCUUCAGUUAUUGGUUUCAGUGUAUUGCGAACGAUAAUUCAGAAUCACAGUCCAGUGUCGGACAUAUCAAUAGGAAAUGCUAUUUGCUUUGUAAGAAUUAACUUAACUUGUAUGAAAUUGUGUGGUGAUGGUGCACCUAGCAGCGUGACUAGUUCAGCGGCAGAUGGAGUUGGAACUUAG